UAGGCAGGGCUGCUUGGUUUGGUUUGGUGUUUCUGCUUUCCCCACUCCCUCCCUCCCUCCUUCCCUCCCUCCCUCCCUCUCCUCUGUUGUUGGUGCUGCUGCUGCCGCCGCCGCCGCUGCACAGACAAGACAGCACUAGCGCGUGCAAGAGCUUCGGAUUGCUUUUUGCAGAAGACUGAUCCAGGAUUAUGAUCUAAAAAGGAAAACAAAAGGAAGAGGAGGGGGCGAGAGGCUGUUUCAUAGCCACCCUCCGAGGACCUCUUGAUUGUUGUUCGGAUUGCAUUUGGAAUUUCUGCAAGUAGGGACGCCCCCCCCCCCUUUUUCCCUCCUGCCCCCUCCUUGUUUUUCCGUUAGAAAACACACAGGCGAGGAAAUACAUCUAUGUGUAUACAUAUGCUGUGUGCAUGUCUGCAUUCACUGGAUGUCGCAAGAGGAAAAGCUAAAUAAUCAUAGGUAGCAAAAGCAACAAGAAGGACCCCCGUAGGCUUAGCCUCCUCCACCCCUUCACUCAAACCUGCCUUCCUUAUUUAUUGGAGACAUCUCCUCACCUAUCUCCUCACUCCAGAGUGUGCUUGAUCCCAGGAAAAGUGAAGCCAUCUAACCAUGGUGGUUUUCAAUGGCUUGCUGAAAAUUAAAAUCUGCGAAGCGGUGAAUCUUAAACCCACAGCUUGGUCACUAAGGCAUGCCGUGGGACCCAAGCCUCAGACCUUUCUGCUGGACCCAUACAUUGCCCUCAACGUGGAUGAUUCCAGGAUUGGGCAGACCACGACCAAGCAGAAAACUAACAGCCCUGCCUGGAAUGAUGAGUUUGUUACUGAUGUUAGUAAUGGCCGGAAGAUCGAGAUGGCCGUUUUCCACGAUGCCCCCAUUGGGUACGAUGAUUUUGUGGCAAACUGCACUAUCCAGUUUGAGGACUUGCUGCAGAAUGGGAGCCGCCACUUCGAGGACUGGAUUGAUUUGGAGCCAGAAGGAAGAGUGUAUGUCAUCAUAGAUCUUUCAGGCUCAUCAGGUGAAGCACCCAAAGACAAUGAAGAACAUGUGUUUAGGGAGCGGAUGCGUCCCAGAAAGCGCCAGGGAGCAGUGCGGCGCAGGGUUCAUCAGGUUAACGGGCACAAAUUUAUGGCCACCUAUCUUAGACAACCAACCUAUUGUUCACACUGCCGAGACUUUAUAUGGGGAGUAAUAGGAAAGCAGGGGUACCAAUGUCAAGUUUGCACUUGCGUAGUCCACAAGCGAUGUCAUGAGCUUAUAAUAACGAAAUGUGCUGGACUGAAGAAACAGGAAGCCCAUGAUGAGGUGGGGUCUCAGCGCUUCAGUGUCAACAUGCCUCACAAGUUCAGCAUCCACAAUUACAAAGUGCCCACUUUCUGUGACCACUGUGGUUCGUUACUCUGGGGUCUUCUGAGACAAGGUUUACAAUGCAAAGUUUGCAAGAUGAAUGUACAUAGACGCUGUGAAUCAAAUGUGGCACCAAACUGUGGAGUGGAUGCUCGAGGGAUAGCUAAAGUUCUUACGGACCUGGGCAUCACUCCAGAGAAGAUCACUAAUAGUGGACAAAGAAGGAAGAAGCUUGUUCCAGGUGCUGAAUCACAACCUCUAGUUCCUGGAUCCUCACCAGGAGAAGAUGACAGGUCGAAGUCCGCACCAACUUCUCCGUGUGAGCAAGAAAUUACAGAGCUUGAAAAUAACAUUAGGAAGGCUUUGUCAUUUGACAAUCGAGGAGAAGAACACCAAGGAGCAGGAACCGCCUCAACGGACAACCAGUUAAACGCACUUGGGGAGAACGGUGAAAAUGGGGACGUCAAAGCCCAGAUGAAGCGCAUGGGCCUCGAAGAGUUUAACUUCAUUAAAGUCUUAGGGAAAGGCAGCUUUGGAAAGGUCAUGUUAGCUGAGCUCAAAGGGAAAGAUGAAGUGUACGCAGUAAAAGUCUUAAAGAAAGAUGUCAUCCUACAAGAUGAUGAUGUGGACUGUACAAUGACAGAGAAACGCAUUCUGGCAUUAGCACGGAAACAUCCCUACCUAACUCAGCUCUACUGCUGCUUCCAGACCAAGGACCGCCUCUUUUUCGUCAUGGAGUAUGUCAAUGGAGGAGACCUGAUGUUUCAAAUUCAACGUUCACGCAAGUUUGAUGAGCCUCGCUCCCGCUUCUAUGCCGCAGAAGUCACAUCGGCACUCAUGUUCCUCCAUCACCAUGGCGUCAUCUACAGGGACCUGAAACUGGACAACAUUCUUCUGGAUGCAGAAGGCCACUGCAAACUGGCUGACUUUGGAAUGUGUAAGGAAGGGAUCUUGAAUGGAGUAACUACUACUACGUUUUGCGGAACACCAGAUUAUAUUGCUCCAGAGAUUCUCCAGGAAUUAGAAUAUGGUCCUUCUGUGGAUUGGUGGGCUCUGGGUGUUCUUAUGUAUGAAAUGAUGGCUGGUCAACCUCCCUUUGAAGCUGAUAAUGAAGAUGAUCUUUUUGAAUCCAUUCUCCAUGAUGAUGUGUUGUAUCCAGUGUGGCUUAGCAAAGAAGCUGUUAGCAUUUUGAAAGCUUUUAUGACAAAGAAUCCAAAUAAGCGACUUGGCUGUGUGGCGUCACAGAAUGGUGAGGAUGCUAUUAAACAACACCCUUUCUUCAAGGAAAUUGACUGGGUUCUUCUAGAACAAAGGAAAAUCAAACCACCCUUCAAACCUCGGAUUAAAACCAAAAGGGAUGUAAAUAACUUUGAUCAAGACUUUACACGAGAAGAUCCAGUAUUAACACCGGUGGAUGACACAAUCAUAAAGCAAAUCAACCAAGAAGAAUUUAAAGGCUUCUCGUAUUUUGGAGAACUGUUACCGUAAGACCCUAGUAGGACCACCCCAUUACUGACUCUGAAAGACAUGGUCCUAAAUAAGUCCUCCAGUUAUUACUUCUGUGACAUUGAGCCUGUACCCCUACUUUAUACUUUGAUCUGGAGGCACUCGUAAUUUAUGUCUCACAAAGCAAUGCAAAAUAUUUUGUAUUAGAAUUUGUAAAGGUAACACAUUGCUUUUAUUUUUUUCUUUUCUAUUUAAGAACUUUCUUUUAUUCCUGAGAUAUCCUAUGAAGACUUUACUGGCAAGUUUUUUGCAUCAAGAUCAGACAAACAUUUUUGAAGUGGGAAAAGCUACCAGAAAAUCAUUUGUCUAUUAAGUUUUCAUGUAGAAAAUUGCUGCAGCAAAUUUACCUUCAACAUUGUAAGACCUUUAAAACAAAUGAAUUUUUGAACAUGUGAAGUUUUCAAUGUACCUUAAUGCGUAGUGGCACAUGUAUUGCAUGAAUACUGAGAGGGAGGUUACCCCAUGGUGAACUCGCCACCUCAAAAAUGCUGCCUUGAAUUAGCCAUGCUAUGCUAACACAGCAGCCCUGUGCAGUGGUGGGAUUCAGCAGGUUCACACCACUUCGGCAGAACCGGUUAUUAAAAUGGUGCUUAUAAACAACCAGUUGUUAAAUUAUUUGAAUCCCAUCACCAGAACCGGUUGUUAAAUUAUUUGAAUCCCACCACUGGCCCUGUGCAUAUGUGGACAGGACCAAAAUCCAUAGCAUGAGCUGCUCUGCCUAUACAUGUUCACCAUAUAUUGGCAGUGCCUAGGUAUAUAAAGCUUGUGGCUUGUGCCAAAUUCUUGCAGAUAAUAUUACAUGGGGGCACUGCACAUUGGCCUAGACCACAAAUACAUUGUGUGUACUGAGUUAGAACACAUGUUUUACCAGUAUUGCAGGGAUAGCACUGGGAUAAAUCUUAAAUCAAUGGACAUUUUGCCAUUGAUUUCAACAGGGCAUAACAAAUGGAUAGAGCUGACAUGCCAAUGAAAUGUCUGUUUAAAAGAAAAUUUAAAAUUUUAUAUAAUUAAAAAGCAACCUUGAAAGGCUAUGAUUUGGAGAAGAGGAGAAGAAAGUGCCUAACCCUUUCCCCAUCAAAUCAAAACCACACCUAAAUGUUUGGGCAUACUUAUGCUAGUCUAACUAGCCACAGAGUGUAAUAAUUCCUUCUAGAUGUGAAUGCAUCUAUGCAUACACAACUUUUGAGAAGGAUCAUGAAUCUUUUUAAAAAACAAGGGAAAAGAUGUCUGUUUCACCUAUUCCAUAUUUUAACCAGCUGAAAUUAGCCGCUUCUUUCUGUUAAAGUCCUGCAGUAUGAAACUGGCUAGAAACAUGGGUUUGUGUGCUAACACCAAGGACUACUUCCUGGAGUUCAGUGCAAAGGAGGCCAAAGUGGCCCUUGCCCGUUGUCACUGCUGAUGGGAAUAUGACUGAAGGUGAAACAGCAAUGGAUUCGUAUCAUGUGUUGCACAGAACUUCCAUAGUUAUCAUGAGAGCUUCAGAUGCGUGGAAUGGAAUGUAUUUAUUUUUUUGAUUGCCAUGAAUUUUUUCUAGCAAUCUACUGCUGUUCGUUUUUCAUAUUGGAAUACAAGCGAUUGAAAAGGAAUCCUUUCCUUCACCUCUUACUCCCUACCAGUUGCAGCUUGCCAAACCUCAGCUCAGCCAGUCCUCUGAUUCAUAAGUGAAUGCAGCAGAUAGACUGGCAAAACAACUACCAAAAAUGACUAAAAUGCCAAAAAAAUAUAUAUAUGUGUUUCUCUGCAAGGCUGAUUGUAGAGGGUCAAAAUAAUCUGAUUUAGGACAUUCUACCUAAUCCAUAAAAGAUAUCAAGGAAAUUGUUUAAAAUUAUUUCAGGAAAGGCACUUUUUUCUAAGACUGAGUACAUUUUUAAAAAUAUAUAUUUUAAUUAUGUUUUUUAAAAUGUAAACAAAUGCUUUAUAGACAGGUGUCAAAGGGCUAAAGAAUGGACAAAUUCUCCAAAAGCCUAUACUAGCUUUAAUAAAGCAACAUAGGUUUUCUGCAAAAUUUACAGUUUCUUGGGCACAGAUGUUAUUCUCCUUCUGCAGUGAACUAUGUAACAGCUAGUAGCUGAAGCAUUCACGUCACUGACACAACAGCAGUUCCAACAGGGUUUAAAAUUUUAUUUCUUUUUAAAAAGCCUUUUAAACUUCUUUGAAUUGUUUGAAUAAUGACUUGCUUUAUUUAUUUAUUUCUUUUUAAUAGCAAUGUGUUACUUUUGCAAGCUUUUACAAAACACCUGAGCACGAUCCACCCGCCCUUGUGCAAAGCCGUGUCUCACCUUCUCCUGUCCUUGCUGACUUCCUGGCUGGGAGCAUGUACCUUGCCAAGCACCUGCCCUGACCUACUACAGGCAGCUCAUAUGCACCUCCCAUGAGUAAAUCCAACAAGCCCCAUCCUCCACAGGGCUGCAUGUACAGGCUGCUAGAUAAAACUUUGCAAUUAGCUCUACGAAGGAGUGGACUUACCUGUAAGAGGCACACAGGAGUCACCUGUAGCAAGUGAUGGCUGGCUCCCACCCGCGGGACUCAAGUGGGACGGAGGGGGUGGCAAGGCUCGCAUGAUGCUGUACUACUGUACUAUGAGUCCAGCUGGAUCACGCCCAAUAGUACUACUGUUCUUUUGUGUAUUAUUAUUUAGGGGGGGAAAAUCAAUAUAAAACUGUGCUAUAGGAAGAAUACAAAGCCAAACAAACCAUUCAUCAUGUGAAAGUUUAUGAGAGACUGAAGAUCAACAUUCAAAAACUGACAUUGCUGAAAGUUGUAAAUGGGUUUUCUUGUGUAAUCAUAAAAUGGUAACUCAUGUGGACAGUGCUGACAAAUGUGAAGUUACCGCCUAUAGAUACGCUGACAGUGUUAUGUACUUAUAUUUCUGAGAAUACCCUGUGUUUUGUUUUGUUUUUUUGUUUGUUUUUUGUGUUGUUGGGUUUUUGCGUGUAUGUGUAUCACUGAGGUCAUUUUAUUAUAAAUGUAUAUAAAUAUAUAUAUUAUAUAUAUAUAUAUAUUACUGGACUGAGUGAGCGGUUAUGGGAAUCCAUUUUAUUUGUUGCACUUGGAUUUUCCAGCUGCACAAAAUAUAUAUACUUGUGGCCGGCAAAGUGGCACUCAAGAAGCUUUUCCAUUUUUAUUUCUUUCUUCCUUUUGAAGGGUUUUUUUUUUUUUUGCCUUUUUGUACAGGUGAGGAUUUUGUAUAUAAGUGUUUACUGCAAGGCCUGUGGAAUUCAUUGAAUAUAGAGGUAUCAACUGCUGCAUGUUCAGGCAUAUUAUUAAAAAGGUAGUCUAUGAAAGAAUAAUUAUAAUGUCCAUGUGCAAUACUCUUGUAUGUGUAUUGGUUCAAGUUACUGUCAAAGAUGAGGGUUUUUUUCUGUUUUUUUUCUGUUAUUAAAAUUGUAGACCUACCUUAAGCUGUAUUAAAUCUCCUGUAUAGUUCUCUUAAACUCUUUAAGGAAUGACAAAGACAAGGAAAAUAAAUAAGAGAAGAAAGGACCCUUAUAGCAUUGGCCAUCUGCUGGGAGAAACAGCCCUCCUCCCGCUAUCCCUGUAAUAUGGGAGCUGCUGUGGUGAAGCUUCUUUUCUUGAUUCGCACACUAAUAUCACAUGACAGGCUCUGGGCCCUGUGAGUGAGGCCAGCAGAGAGCAUGUGUUCCACUUUCCAGAAGGGGAGGAGUCACACCCUGAGCUUGGUCCAUGUGACCCCCCUCCCCAAGUGUCACCAUUACCCAAUCAGCAAGGGAACAAGCUGCCCUGCAGGGGUUUUCAUGCUACAAAGGUAACUUGAGGAGCUGGCUAUAGUUGUCUUCUAAGCUGGGUGGAGCAAGUUAUUGUCAGUUUUGUGUCCAGCUUUUCAUAGCCAGUUUUAGCAAUGGUAACAUUCAAUUCCAUUUUUUUUAAACUCAGGUGUAAUUAUACAUACAUAUAUGUAUGUAUUCAUACAAUGAUUUCAAAAUAUAAAGUAUGAUGCUUUAUCAAGUCGUGCUGUCUGGCUUACCAUUGUAAUAAUGGGUCAAACUUUUUAUCUGCAUUAAAUUUUAGGGCUGGGGGAAGAAAAGCCCCCUAGUUUCUGGAGUGGAAGCACAGAGAUGUCACAAAAGGCUACAUCAUCUCAUUAUUAUUAUUUUGUAAGGAAAAUUGCGUAAAACUUGCCCAUUGGGUUUUGUGUGGUAAGGCCAGCUUUGUGGAAUUCCUUCACAAUUUAGCCUUGGAUGUCCAGGCAAAAAUUGACAGUGCUACGUGGUCUUUUCCAUAGAUGUACAGCAGCUUUGGAAGUACCAAGUGGCCUUCUGAAGCCACUCAUAGACUGGGUAGAAUGAUGAACUAUUGUAUUAAAGUGCACUACUGUUUGUAUGUAAUGAGAGGCCUUUAUACAAAAUAAGGAUUAGCAGUUCUUUUUAUUUUAAGAGAACAAGUAUAUUCCACAGAGCUUUUGUAAGCAGAACUGUGGAUUAUGUGACUCUCUCUCGCUCCUGGCAUGAGCAUCACUUUCAAACAUUUUUACUAAAAAUGUCCCACCACCUGUAUUUCCUUCUUUGGGAUGCUCGCUUAGAAAAGCUAAUACGUUAGUUUAAGCAGAUAUCCUGCCCAUAAUUAGGCUGCUUAAAUGCCACUGAAGUCACUCACCCUGAUCCAAUAAGACACGUACUUAUGUAAGAAACCAUCCUAUCUCAAUGGUCUCCUGAACCUUAUUGGAGUGGCUAAAGGUAUCUUUGGUGUGAAUGAGGAUUGUGUAUACAUCUGGGACCAGAUGUUCUAUAGUUUGCAGGGCCAUCAGGAUUUAAGGCCACCUAGAUGUGUACAGGAUUGAAGGCUUCUUCAGGACAACUGAAGUCAACUCAAGUCAUUUUUUAUUUGGUUUACAUUAAUAGUUUUGUAGAUCAUGCCAAGAAUGUUUUGAAAGACUUCUUUAAACAAAUAUGCUGUUACAUUUCUUCCUCUCCUAUUAAUCAUUUCCACACUUUUUUUGAAAAAGGUGUACAAAAUGCCAAAAAACAAACAUACAUUUGAGAAAUCAGGUUUCACUCUUUUUUUAAAGAGAAGCUAUUUAGUAGGGACGGUUUUUGCAUACAAUCAAAAUGAGGCUCUCUCAAAGAAGGCUUUAACAGAAGAAACCUCUUGAAAUCAUGUGCAGAAUAGUUCUGGAAAACUAACAAGUGUAUUCAGUUUUACAAGGGGGGUAUUUUUUUUAUUGUGAGACAUUCUUUGUACAGAUUUUUUUUCUUACAGUUGUAAUUGGACUCUCUUGCCAUUCAUUAGGGAUAUUUCAUUGUAGCCAUUAUUACUGUGCCAAAUGUACUGUAUUCUAAAGGAUGUGAAUGUGUAUUGUUUCAGAACCUAAUAAAUACAAUGAUGUUAAAAA